AUGUCAGUUUCUCCCGAGGACGGGCUCCCAAAAUGGCUUCAGGAGGGUGCUGGCGCAAAGGUUAUCGGAUGUGUCUACCUGUCCUCUGUGAUGUUGAUCGGGCUGGGAGCAUAUAUCACCUACCACCAGCCGCUCCUGGGGCUUCCCUUCCUAGUUCUCUCGAUAUGCUUCCUCGUUGCAUGGUACAUGUUUGAGCACGAAUACAGACCUUGUAAUUUACAACUAGGCGGGGCUCUCCCUGCAGACUUCCCGGAGCAGGGAGAGGGCAGGGAAAGCGACACGAAUAAAUAA